AUGCCCCACCGCGUGGCUAACUUCAUUCGCACCUCUUCUGGCAACAUUGCACAGAUCAAGAAGGUCGCACGAUCGCGCACAAACAGCCCCUACACUUCAGACGGCGAGGACCGACCUCAAAUCCAUGCUGUCAAGAUGACUGAACUCGCAGAUGCUGUUAAGAAGCAUCACCGCAUUUCUCUGCCCUUCGGCAAGUCUCACAAGGAUCAACCCUCAGAUGUUUCCAUUGACUGGAGCAUCGAGAGCCCGCCAGUGGUUUUCCACGGCAACACCGAGGAGAGCACUGGUGCCCUCAUCACUGGACAGAUGUUCUUGGAUGUUAAGGACGAGGUUGUUGAGGUCGGAAGCUUUGCUGCUUCUCUCAAGCUUCACGUUUUCCAGAAGAGACCUUACCAGAGCCAUUGCACAGACUGCCAGAGCCAGUACACUGAGCUCAAGAGCUGGCAAUUCCUCGCUCAACCCACCACUCUUCGAAAGGGCCGCCAUGCGUUCCCUUUCUCGAUUCUCCUGGACGGCCACCUCCCCGCAACCAUGGAUACGCCUAUAGUCGCUAUCUCGUACGAGUUCAAGGCUGAUGCCUAUGUCACAAAGAGUGUGCACUCAGCCAGCGGCUCUGUCACCCCUGUGCGAUUUGAGCGAACUGUUCCCGUUAAGCGCUCUCUUCCCGAGAAUGAAAUUCCUCACCACUCUGUCCGCGUCUUCCCCCCCACCAACAUCAAGGCCAGCGCCCACUACAACAACGUUAUCCACCCCACAGGUAGCAACACUGUCAACCUGCGACUCGAUGGUCUCAUGAGCCGCAACGAGAAGGCCAAGACCAUUGAUUUCUGGCGACUCAAGAAGGUUACCUGGAGACUCGAGGAGACUAUCAAGACCGUGGCACCUGCUUGCGACCGACACAUUCCCACUUCGACUCAAGAUCCCGAGAAGAAGAGCCUGCCUCGUCAGGAGGUCCGCGUUUUGGGUGAGAAGCACCUCCACGAUGGUUGGAAGUCUGACUUCAGUGGCACUGAUGGCAAGGUUGAGAUGGAAUUUGACUACUUUGCCAACCAGUACAAGUCUCACACAAAGGAGCUCAAGUUCGCUUGUGACACCAAGUCACUGGAGGGUGUUGAAGUGACCCAUUCGCUUCUCAUUGAGCUUGUUGUUUCUCGAGAGUACGCUCCUGAGGGCAAGCCUCAACUGGCUACUCAGACUGGCACUGGUCGCAUCCUUCGCAUGCACUACGGAGUUGUCAUGACCGCUCAUGCUGGUAUGGGUGUCAGCUGGGACAACGAGGCACCCCCCGUCUACCAGGACGUGCCUCCCAGCCCCCCUGCCUACCCUGCUGUUGAGUCCCCCAUUGAGUACGAGAGCCUGGAGCACCUUGACGCUCAUCGGCUAAGCAGUUUCUCCAACUCGUCAGAAGACGACAGUCAAUAA